AUUACAAACAGUUGUAAUGUUAACGUAAAUAAAAUGGGCUUAAAACUUAAGUUUUUAGAACCAAAACAAAGAUAGAUCUUUUAAUGAUGGUGCGCAAAUGUAUAAUGAACGCUGGCGACGUUGAACCCGGAAGUAAACAUCAAAUGGGCGUCUGAUGAUCAGACCCAAAAUAAUAAUUAAUGGCGUGAAAUUGUAUAAAUAGUUUAAAAAUAGGUGUUUAGCUUGUUUUGUUGUUACGAUUCAGUAUUUUACGUUUUAAGAUGUCUUCUGCUAAACGUAGUACGAAAAGAAUACAAAUAAACUUCCGUAUUCGCAUAAAUAUUCCUCCUAGAUAUUAUGUUUACAUUGUUGGAAAUGGCACUGAACUAGGGGAAUGGCAGUCAAACUUUGCUAAAGUCAUGUCACAACGUGAAGCCAGCCAUAUCUGGCAGCUAACUCUGCUGCUAAAGAGCCCAGCGGUCUACAGAUACAGAUACUUCGUCGGUCGACCGUUACGUAACAUUAACCAAACGCCCAUUGCCUGUGUCGACGAAGUCAACAUGGAUUUUGUGGACUCGUAUUGGAACUCAGUUUGUUAUUGGGAGACGACAUUACCCAGCAGAAUGCUGCACACUAGAAAUUUGCCAGAUGUCUAUGACCUGCCGUUGGUUGACCUUGAGAAGCGCUUAAACCCGUUCCAGGAUUGGUCGGUGGGAUGGGUACAGGACGCCUCUGAGAUCCGGCUCAGGAUCCGGUGCUUGGACUCUAUACAGAUGGCCCUGCAGACUAAAGAGGAGGAGAGGCUUAGAGUUAAAUGUUCUCCAAUAGACUUCCAGGAAAUGAUCCUGCCGACGGUCAGCCCGACUAAGCUGGGAUGUAAGCCUGAAGAGAGUGACCUCUACCAAAGGGUCAUCAGCGCCACCAAGCUGUCCAUAUCCGUCCUGGCCAACUCGCCCUGUGGCCCCGGGGGAUUCACACUGCCCGACUGCGCCAACAAAACGCCCAUAUUCGCUACCGACGCUAUGGUAACUAAGCUCAGCAUAAAUCCCGCCCCCCAGCCGGAGCCUGAGACCGCCCGGUGCCAGCUACAAGUCGACGGGUACUUCAGCUUCAACAUCUUCACCAUGUUUCCAGGGGCUCUUGGCUUCAGGAUGGAGUUCUAUGUAUCAGAACCUGUUGAGGACAAAAUGGUCGGGUACUCGUACAUUCUGCCCGUGUCAACACCUAAAGCAGUUAAACAGUUUCCGGUGUUUUCACCAACGACCCAACAGAUAGGUCACGUGAUUGUGGACUGGAUGUUGAUCUCACCGACACCAGAUCUGGACCACAACAUGGAAGUCUCCUACCAGAACUAUUGGAAGACAGAGAGGAGGAAGUCAGGACAGGACACCACUGAGUAUGGCUUUGGUCGCAGCUUCCUACACAAGAAGAUCAUCCGAGUCAAGGAGAACACGCUGGCAUCGCUGUACACAGCAGGGGAGGAGAAGGCAAACUUUCUUCAUCUCGCCAUACAACUCACCAAAGACAAGGUGCCGGUGUUGUUCCACGCCUUCAAGGUCAUGCUGGCGUACCACAGGAGGAGCCACGAGACGGAGUUCUACAUGGCACCGGUCAAAGAUCUGGAACACACGUUCUUGAGAGCUCUGAAGAUUUCUUAUCACCCCAAAACACGAAAGUUCAUGGAGCAAGGGACAGAUAGAGACCCACUGGACCUAGAGCCGUUCCCGACCCUGGAGAAUUGUCUGGAGAAAAUUGGACAGGACAUUGGUUUCCUCAUAGAGGUCAAACAUCCUCAAGUAACCACCAGUAACCAGAUAGAGCUGGACGAUUACUUUGACCACAACACCGCCCUGGACGUAAUCCUAAACACCGUGUUUAAUCUGGCGGCUAAGCGGAGGAUAAUCUUUACCUCUACCGACCCCGACACGUGCGUCAUGCUGCAGCGAAAACAGAAUCGAUACCCUGUUUUAUUCAGGCUUAAGUUAAACAAGAGUGGCCACCCCUACUACCAAGACCUCCGGGCCGGAUGUGUGGACACGGCCCUGCAGUUCGCCGUAGCCGAGCGCUUCCUGGGCGUGUACCUGUCCACCUACCAGGUGCUCAAGGACCUACAGGUGAUAGAUCAGGCGCAGAAGAUGGGACUGGUGGUCUUUGUUUAUGCGGACGGCAACUUUAACAUUGAUCUCACUAAUCCACUAGCUAGGCACAAGGUGGACGGGUUGUGCACGAAGAUGCUGGGGUUCACAGAGGUCAAGGACAAGCACGAGCCUGUCUUCCAUCUGUCAGAGUCGAGAAGUAACUCUGAGAAGGUCACCAAGGUCAUCUUAGAGGGCGGCUUCCAACCCAGUGCUAUGAAAACUGCAGACAGACUAUGUUACAUGAUGAAACCAUGAAAUCUGAUGUCUACUUUGGACCUUGGAUUCACCAAUUCCUUGGAGAAAAAAAUAAGUGUUCUCAGUAAAGAAUAAAAACGAUCAGUUGCAGUAAGGUAUUAUAGCUGUGUAUUGUCUAUUGUCUUGUUAUUGGUGCUCAUUGUGCAGAAAACUACAGUGUCUUUAUAUAUGUACAAAACCUAUGGGAAAAAUGAAUUAAAAAUCUUGA